UGCUGAGGAAAAAAUACAUGGAAAAUUGUAACAAAGAAGCUGGAGAGAGAACAAGGUAACCCGUAUUCAAAAUAAUGUAGCUUGCCACCCAAGCAUUACCUUGGAAUUUUUUCCCAAUGAUGGACUCUGAUGUGGCUGGUCACAUGACCCGUCUGAAGCUCAAACUCCUUGAGAAGAAAUUAGAAAAUGAACGUGAAAACUUGGAUGACUUUGAAUCACCCUUCUCUGCAACAAGGAAUUAUGAUGAUCAUGGCUAUGCCUUACGAAGUGCGCUGAGAAGAAGGAAAGAUCUUCUGCAGCAGCUCAGAGAACAAAACCUUUUGGAAGAGCUUUCAGUACCACCUGGUUUACCAAGAACUCAUAGAAAGCCCCAGAAGCCACAACAUAUCUACCAAAUUCCUUCUCUUUUUCCUCCUCUACCCCCUCCCCCUCCCCCCGCUCCCCCUCCACCCAUACCUGAACAACCAAGAAUUAUCCAGCAAACAUUACCGCAGCAACCAGCAACCAUAAUUCAACAAAUACCUUCACAUCCAGCACUCAUCACACAGAUCCCAUCUCCACAGUCCUUCUCAGCACCUAGAUCUGGGAGUAUUAAAGAAGACAUGGUAGAAAUGAUGCUAAUGCAAAAUGCACAGAUGCACCAAAUAAUUAUGCAGAACAUGAUGCUGAAAUCUUUACCACCAUCUUAUUCUGGACAACAGUUUACUGCUCCUGUUCCAGUAAGGGUGGAGAAAUCACGACCAUCUACCGUACAUCAUCACCACUACACAUCUUUAGGAGCACCAGCUGUUCCUUCUCCAAGUGGCUUUCCCAUGUGGCCUUUAGUUCUGCAACCUGGUCCUAGCCCACAGCUGGGAGGUUUCCCAUCUGAAGUACAUAAUCUGCCCAUUCCAGCUAACGCAGCACACACUGUGCCAACCCACGGACUGCUUGGAUUACCUUCUGGUUUGUAGAUUCCAUUGCAACAGACUAGAAAAGGUGGCUUGCAAAGGGACAUUGAUUACCUACCUGAAACUGUUGGAAUUUUCUCUGGGAGUUCACUUUACUGCAGACAGAGAGAAGCUCUUCAUGUUUGCUGAGAGCAUGGGAUUUGCAGUGAGCAUAACGUUUCCACCAGACACAGCAGUCCUAUGCUUCAAUUCUAUUUGAGUUAUACCAAGUGAUGAAUAAUCUGCAUCAUAUCCCGUUUGCCCCCGUCAUAGGCAUGAAGGAAGAGGAAGAAUGGAAAGAUAGGGCAAAGUGCCAGCAUCCAUGGCCAAAUUGGAAGCUCAUACCAGUUAUGAGCCACAAAGCAGCAGUCCUGUGAUAACACUUAGGAAGUGAUGGAGAGACCUCCUUUGUACACCUUGUACAUCCACCUAACAACCAUCAAGAUGGGAUGCCAAUAAUAGAGACUUCCACUGUAAGGCUGUCUACAGCACCGAUCCAUCCGCUCGGAGUUUCUGGAAAACCACUGCUCUAAUUGCCCAACAAAAGGGGAAGGAAGGGUAGCACAGAGCAUGGUGGCACAAACCUUCUCAAACAAUGGAAAUAGUCUUAGGUCAUACAAAUAAAGGGAGUGACAAAAAUAAGGAAGCCAGAACUGUUAUAAUAACGCAUUGACUAAGGCAUAAGGUUCGGAAUCAGGAGCAGCAAAUCAAGCUCUGUGAGACAAAAUGGGAGUAAAACACUUGUAAUUUAGCUAGCAACAGUGCCAUCAUAUGCAAAAGAGAAGGAGGUCCCAGAAAUCAAAUCUAUUCUGCUGGCUGUUCACAGAGAAAGUAUUCCAUUGUCAUAUUAUAGAGAAGCUGUGGGGUACUGAUCAUCUAGCCAUUCAGUCAUGACUAAGAAAAUGUGCAGAAAGGAGCCCUGUACAAGUUAAAUAAUCCUGGGUUUUAUGUGCAGAACCAUAACCUCUGCUCAAUAGCCAGGCUCCUGGAUGCACUUAGCCUUUCUAGUCCAGGUGAACCCUUCCCUCCCUCCCUGCUGUAUUAACUGACAGGUGAGCAUUGCCAGGUAACAGCAAGGCUUGUUGUCCAACUAUUUUAGGCUAUCCGCUUCAUAUACCAUGGCAACAGUAUCCAUGUCAAUAAGACUGAGCUAGAAUAGAGAAGCCACUGGUCUUUUAGCUACACACCCCAUAUUCUCAGGUACAGAAUCCAAUCCUAAAGGCAGUUUGUGCAGGCAUGGAACAAAAUCCUUUUCCCACCUACUCAGUAAAGUUGGCAAUUUUUCUCAAUGGUGGUUUAAUGCAUCACCCUUCCUGGUAGAAAGUGUUGGUAGAAAGACUCAUUGAUUGGGUUGUCCAGAUUACAGCCUCUUCCAGGUUCUCUUUCCAUAAUGCCUUGCUAAUUUCCUCAUGGGUUUGAUGCCAGUUAUUUUCAGGCCAGUGUUGAUCAACACCUGGUCAGUGGCAUGGCUAAUAUGGCAGUGAUCUAAAGGGAGGGUGGUACUGUACAUCACAUCAUCCUACAGGCUUAAGAUUCGUCUCUAGAUAUACUGUAGCUCACCAAAUAUUACCUGACCUUGCCUCCCCAAAAAGAGAUGGUGAAGUUUUUUGUUUUUCUCAUACUUCUUUGCUGAGGUGGGACCUUACUGGCUUUAGUAGAAAAAGAUGAGAGACUUUUUUUUAAGGAACAGGAUGGCUCAACAGAAGACUUUAAAUUCUGGGCUAGGGCCAGCAAUAUGUAAUCAAAGGUUGCUGGGAAAGUCUCAUGCCAGUGUAAACUGCCAGGGAAGAAAAGGCCAAAGUCACAUGUACUGUCGCAUAAUUGCUAGCUUCAUUGAAAUAUCAGGGAUAUUUACUUUUAUUUAUGUACAACAAUUUGUAUAUUGCUUAUUCACUGGACUCUAGAUGGCUUACCAUGGUAAAAGUAUACAAAUAUAAUUCAAAAGCACAAUAGAGUACAAUUUAUAUCAAUAAUUCCCAUACGAGUGUAAGUUCUGGAAGUCAGAAGUUACAUUUAUGUCCUUUGAGUUGCCACCUGGUCAAACAGACAGUCAAAUUUCCCACCUUUCAUGCUCUCUUUUCCAUAUCAG